AUGUCUGAAGAUGGGAAUAAUGUGAAGCCUGAGGGAUUUACUAGGUUUGAGUCACUGGAGGAGCCUGGAUUUACUGAAGAAAUAUCAGUUGCAUUGGAUGAAGCUUCUUCUUACUCAAAAAAUAAAGAUUCCAACCAGAUUUACGAAGCAAAUCCUUCAGAGGACACAAAACAGCCAACAGCUUCCACCACAAGUGAGCUUAACAGAAAUGAAGAGAAAAAUACAGGAAUUUCAUUUUCUGACACUAGCAUAACAGAUAUCAUCCCACUGUCAAAAGAAGAAAGUCUGCAGAGCUCUGAGUCAUCAGAGACUAAGAUGGCUGAAGACUAUUACCCAGCCAAAUUCCCAACUGGGAGGAAAUUUAAAGGGCGAACCUUUAAUGGAAAUCAGAAAGGAUUUGACCUGGAGUCUGAUACCUUUACGGUUAAACUUGAAGCCAAGGGUUUACAAGAAUUCCCUGUAGACAUUGUAAAAGUCAAAUAUGUAAAAUAUCUAUAUUUAGAUAGGAAUCAAAUAAAAACUUUCCAAGGGGCAGACCCAGGGGAUCUGCUAGGACUUGAAAUUCUGUCUGUGCAAGAAAAUGGAUUGUCAGCAAUUCCCUUGGAAAUUCAGUUGUUUCACAAUUUAAAGAUACUAAAUGCCAGUUGCAACGAGAUAUCACAAAUACCCAAAGAACUACUACAACUUGGGAAUAUGAGACAACUCCUCUUAAAUAGUAACCAUAUUGAGACUUUACCUUCUGGCCUAGAAAAUCUUAGAUAUUUGGAAACUUUAAAUUUGGGUAAAAAUAUGUUAACAUCUAUACCAGAUUCUUUGUCUAGUUUGAAAAAUUUGAAAAUUCUCAAUUUGGAAUAUAACCAAUUAACAAUAUUCUCUAAAUCACUAUGCUUCCUUCCAAAAUUAAGUUCCUUAAACCUCACUGGAAACAUGAUAGGCAGUUUGCCAAAAGAAGUUAGAGAACUGAAAAAUUUAGAAAACCUUUUAAUGGAUCACAAUAAACUUACUUUUUUGGCUGUGGAAAUAUUUCAAUUGCCCAAAAUAAAAGAACUUCAUCUAGCUGACAAUAAAUUGGAAGCCAUUUCACCCAAAAUUGAGAAUUUCAAAGAACUCAGGCUGCUAAACCUUGAUAAGAAUCUAUUGCAAAGCAUACCAAAGAAAAUUUCCCACUGUGUAAAUUUGGAAUCUCUUAGUCUUAGUGAUAACAAUAUAGAAGAACUUCCUAAGAAAAUCCGUAAGCUUAAAAAUUUGAGACAACUCCACAUAAACAGAAAUAAAAUGAUAAAAAUGACUGAAGAGAUCUCACAUCUUAGUAAUAUACACAGUCUGGAGUUUUCAGGCAAUCAAAUCACACAUGUUCCUAUUGAAAUCAAAAACUGCAAAAAAAUAACGAGAGUUGAAUUGAGUUAUAACCAUAUAAUGUAUUUUCCAGUGGGACUGUGUGCUCUACAGUCACUCGACUACUUGAGUUUUAAUGGAAAUUAUAUUUCGGAAAUUCCUGUGGACAUGUCGUUCAGCAAGCGGCUGGUUCAUUUAGAGUUGAAUAGAAACAAACUCACCGUAUUUUCAGAACAUUUAUGUUCUCUCACUAAUCUUGAAUACCUGGAUCUUGCUAAAAACCAAAUAAAGACAAUCCCGUCCUGUAUCUCUGCUAUGGUAUCACUCCAUGUUCUCAUUCUGUCUGAUAAUAAGUUCGAGAUUUUCCCAAAGGAACUCUGUUCUUUAAAAUACUUGCAAGUGCUUGAUAUUUCAGAAAAUAAGUUACAGAAAAUACCUGCAGACAUAUCAAAACUGAAAAGUAUCCAGAAGUUAAACUUGUCAAACAAUAAUUUCACGCAUUUUCCUGUUGAACUAUGCCAACUUCAAACUCUGGAGGAGCUGAAUAUAAGCCAGACAAGUGGGAAAAGGCUAACAAGACUUCCAGAAGAAGUGUCUCAUAUGACUCAACUCAAAACACUCAACAUCUCAAACAAUGCCAUCAAAGAUAUUCCAAAAAAUAUAGGGGAGCUGAGAAGUCUGGUUAGUUUUCAUGCGAGCAACAAUCAAAUACAUUCUCUUCCACCAUCAUUUCUGUCUUUAAAAGUUCUACAGAGCCUAGAUCUCAGAGGAAACAAUGUGACAACUUUGCCCAGUGCUAUCUACAAACUUUCAUCACUGAAAGAGAUAAAUUUUGAUGACAAUCCUUUGAUGAGACCACCGAUGGAAAUCUGUAAGGGAAAACAGAUGCAUACGAUCACAUGCUAUCUCCAAAGAGCAGAUGAAAGAGACGAGAAAAUCUUAGACAAGAUAUUCAACAUAGUUGCCAACAGUAUCACGGAAACAAAUUUUGAAUUUUUGCAACAAAAACUAAACAUGGCAAGCUCGGAAACUAGCAUCCCUGCAAAGACCACUAUUCCAUUAAAUGAAAGAAUCUACCAGGCGUUCGUCAAGUGGAAGGCAGAGAAGAAUGUACUAUUCCCAGCUACUGCCUUAAGAGAGCAGCUUUUUCGGGCACUAAACAUGAUAGGUGCCUAUGAUAUAAUGGACAAGAUCACGGCAUUGAACCUUUAUACAAGCGCCAUCAAACUCUAG